AUGAAGACCAAAUUCUCCUGCGGGGAGGAGCUGCCCGAUUCCCUGGGCUUACUGAUCACUGCAGCCGGGGGACUGGUGAGCGGCCAGAGGAUCGGGGAGCCGGGGGUGGAGAGUCCGGAGAAGGAGGAGGAGAGCUGCAGAGCGCCCGAGGACGAGCCCGAUCCCCGCACUAGGCGCAAGGCGUACCGAUGGUGCAAGGAGUUCCUGCCCGGGGCCUGGAGGUUCCUGGAGGAGGAGCGAUUCCACAUCACUGUCAUACGAGGUGGCCUGAGCAACAUGCUCUUUCAUUGCUCUUUGCCGGAUGAUGAAAAGUGUUUAGACAGUGAGCCAAGGAGCGUACUGCUGCGGCUGUAUGGUGCCAUUCUACAGAUGUCGUGUAACAAGGGUGAAAAUCAAGAGACGCAGAGAGAAAAUUUUUUUCAAGGUGCUGCAGCCAUGGUAAUGGAGAGUGUCAUGUUUGCAAUCUUGGCAGAGAGAUCCCUUGGUCCGAAGCUGUAUGGGAUCUUUCCUCAAGGACGUCUUGAAGAAUUCAUUCCAAGUCGAAGGCUUGAGACUACUGAGUUGCUUUUGCCAGCGAUAUCUGCUGAAAUAGCUGAGAAAAUGGCUCGAUUUCAUGGUAUGAGCAUGCCGUUCAACAAGGAACCCAAGUGGCUCUUUGGGACAAUGGAGAAGUACUUAAAGCAAGUCUUGAAAAUUAAGUUCACUAGAGAAUCUCAUAUCCGGAAACUCAAUACAUUUUUAAGCUACAAUCUUUCCAAAGAAAUGGACACCCUGAGGGCUCUGCUGGAAUUAACGCCAUCACCAGUUGUGUUCUGUCACAAUGACUGUCAGGAAGGUAACGUCCUAUUACUGGAAGGAAGAGAGAAUUCUGAAAAACAGAAGCUUAUGCUUAUAGACUUUGAAUAUAGCAGCUACAAUUACAGGGGUUUUGAUAUUGGUAAUCAUUUCUGUGAAUGGAUGUAUGAUUACACCUAUGAGAAGUUUCCAUUCUUCAAAGCCAAUUUCUCAAAUUAUCCGACAAAGAAGCAACAGCUUCACUUCAUUUCUAGCUACAUGGCAGAGUUUCAGCCUGAGUUUGAGAACUUGAGCAAUGAAGAUAGAAGUAAAAUUGAGAAUGAAAUGUUAACUGAAAUUAACAGGUUUGCCCUUGCAUCGCAUUUCUUCUGGGGCCUCUGGUCUAUUGUACAGGCAAAAAUCUCUUCAAUUGAAUUUGGUUAUAUGGAAUAUGCUAUGGCAAGAUUUGAUGCCUACUUUCUGCAGAAGAAGAGGCUUGGACUGUAA